UCAAUUAAUUAUUAUUAAAUGAGAAGGGUACUUUUGACAUUAUCAAUAAAUUAUUAACUUCUAAUUUUUGAUUUUGUUUUAUUUAUUAUUAUUGAAUUCUUUUUUUCCAUCUACAACACGUCUCUUCCCUUUCCCUUUUUUGCAAUGUCCAGAGAGAGAGAGAAAGCCAUGGCGGAGGAGGAGAGAGAGAGAAAGAGAAAGGCGGCGGCGCUACGCUAAAGGAGAGAAAGGCGAUGCCAACGCCGCCGAUGAUGGAGAUCUCGACGGCAACGAGGACAAUGGAGACCUCGACGGCGCCGACGAUGUUGGAUAGCGGAAAAGGAGAUCGCGACAGAGGCGGCAGGCUUGGAGAGAGAGAGAGCAGAUCUAGCCGUCAUCGUCGGAAAAUAGAGGAGAGAGAGAGACAAUGGUGGAGGAGAGAUAGGCAAUGGAGAGAGCGUGUCGGCACGGUGGAGGAGAGAGAGGCGGUGGCGAUGGAGAGAGAGAUGGAAACGGCAGUAGAGAGAGUCAGCGGCGGCGGCGGUGGAAAGAGAGUCGACGGUGGCGACAACAGUGGAGAGAGAGGGAAGAACAAUGAUUUGUAAUGCAAGUGUUGUCGGUUUGUAUUGUUAGUAUUUUUGUACAUAAUGUGAGUGUGAUUUGUAUGGUUUGUAUGUUUUGUAAAAUGACAAAUAUGUUGGACAAAAAUAACAAAGCUUACAAACAUUACAAAACAACUUGACAAACAUUACAAAAUAACAAAGCUUACAAACAUUACAAAACAUACUAACAGUACAAAAUAACACUACUUACAAAUACAAAUCAGUAAACUUGUAUUACAAAUCAAUGAAUAGAAAGUGCACAAAUCAUAACAUAAGGUAUACAAACUACUCAAACAAACAUUACAAAUUAUAAUAUAGACAAAAUAGUCAU